GGGUGGGUUUAACUCCUAGAAUGUUGCUAGGAGACCAAACACAAACUCAUUUUGUGGAGAUCCCGCUAUCAUAUCUCUAGAAUUCACACAGUCUUGGCUUCCCAUUCUGAAUGAAGAGAGCGAAGUGGGCCGAGUGACACCAAAACAGCACCCCAGGAAGAGCUUGAGAGAGGAACCAUGCCAAAGAAGGGUGCAAAAAAGGGGGGAGCAGGGAAGCAGGCAGGGAUGACGGAGGAAGAGAGACUCUUGUACAUGCAGCAGAGGGCCCAGGCAGAGGACGAGAUGGCCAAAAGGAAGGAAGACAUGCUAACUCAAUUUCUCAAGGAUAAGCUGCAGAAGGAGGAGCGCAACAGUGCAGUGAACCUGCACAAGUUGACRCAGCAGUGGCGAGCAGUUCUCCGCCAGACACGGGCAGCUGAACUGCGCAGUGACAUUGCUGUGCUCAGCCAGACCUUUGAGAGGGUGCUGGACCGGAAGGACAGUGUCAUCAAGUGUUUGGUGUGUGACCUGAGUGAGGCAGAGCAGCAGUCAGCCCAGGCCCUGCGCUCUCACCUGGAGUGUGUGGACUGUCUGCUGGCCCUGCAGAAGGGUAGGCUGGCAUCCCUGGAGCAGCAGUGGAACAGCGGCCUGGAGGGACUGAGCUACGAAUUCAAUUCUGAGAGGGAGCAGAUCCUGUCCCAGCACCAGCAGGAGUGUGCUUACCUGGAGGAUGUGACCUUUGCCAUGGAGCAGUUCUACAUGGAGGUAGACGGGGAKGCUCGCCAGGACUACCAGAGCACCAGGGACGACAUCAAGAACAGGAACAUAGAGGAGAAACAUGCGUUGAGGAUCCAGUUAGAGGGGACGGUGGAGGGCCUGUGGCGUCAGUUCCAACAGGCCCUACGCAACUACAAUGAGGCUACAGAGGACCGUCACAUCGCCUUUGAGUCGUUGAGGACCCGCGACCAGCGCAGUGCCCAGGAGAUCGACACGCAGAUGAGGAGGCUGCAGAAGAUGCAGGACUCCAUCUCUGCUCUGCGCUCUAGGCUGAACUCCAGCCAGAAGGAGAGUGAGGGGGCAGCACGGGGCCUGAGGGCGGCCAGGGAGGAGGUGACCCUGCAGGCUCGCCAGCUCAAGGCCCAGCUGAGCCGUGCCCGCGCAGCCGAGAGGAACCAGCUCACCAACCUCACCGUGCACAGCAACGCCGCUGCCAAGAACCUACAGGGCAUCAUCACUAAGGGGGAGAGGCUGCUGCGUCUGGCUGAGAUGUGUCGUAAACUGGAGACAGAACAUGAGAAAGUCCUGCCCUUCUACAUCUCAUCUCUCACUGCUGAGGAAGAGAGCCAGGAGAGAGCUAAUGCUAUGGAGCCUCCAUCUGAGGAGCUGGCACAGGCCAUGCUGGACUACCUGGUUCUGGAGCGGUUCUGGCAGCGUUAUAACAAGGUUCUGCUGGAGCGGCUGUGUUUGGAACGGGAGAGAGGAGCUCUGACCCAGGAGAAUCAGCAACUGCGGAUCUUACUGCGCCAGUACCUGGAUGGCAUCUCUGUUAGCGACGAGAUCCUCCGCCAUCGCAACCCCCUGCUGAUGGUGUCACAGCCCACCCUCGCCGUUCAACCCACUGCUGACGCCCAACGCAAGCGCCACACUGUCAUUGAGGCAGCACAUGUUGUGCAGCGCACGCUGUAGACACAAUAACAGGCUCAGAUCACACACCAUCACUCCUAGAUUAACUUCAAAAGGGGUUUAAGUUGUACACUGACUAGGAGUAAAUAACUUCAAACUGCCAGAAUGCACUCCUUCUGACAGAACUCAAUUCCUUAUUCUAUUUGUGUGUAACUUCUUUCUACCAGGUGUCUUACAAUAUCCAUCAAAUAAAAGAGGACUAUUCCAUCUGAUAA